CACACCAGCAACAAUGACGGACCCCAUUUCUUCACAGCUGUCUUCGCUUUUCCAGGGCGCCAAUGAGGGCCCGGCCAGGACAGCAGCUAAAAUAACAGGCGUACAGAGCGCUGGCAAGCGAGCAGAUGACGGUCCUUACUUCACCAACAACGAAGCCAUUCCCUUCCCCGACCCCGCACACAGCAAGACCGUGGGCGGCAUUCCCGUGAUAUCCGACCCUUUCCUUCUCCAGAAGCAACAGACAUUCAACCGCUCCAAGAAUCUGGAGCGAAUGGUUCAUCCUUGCGGUAGCGGGGCAUUUGGAUAUUUUGAGACCACCAAGGAUGUCUCCUCCCUUAGCAAAGCAAAUUUUCUGCGAUCUACCGGUAUCAAAACUCCUGUCUUCGUACGAUUCUCAACCGUUACUCUGGGUCGCGAGUUCCCAGAUCUGGCGAGGAACCCUCGCGGUUUCGCGAUUAAGUUCUACACGGGUGAAGGAAAUUAUGACAUUGUCGGAUUAAACUUCCCGGUCUUCUUCUGUCGUGACCCAAUUCAAGGCCCAGAUGUCAUUCGUUCUCAGUACCGCAAUCCUCAGAAUUUCUUGCUCGAUCAUACUGCUCUGUUUGACCUCCUUGGGAAUACUCCAGAGGGCAAUCACGCUGGCAUGAUGUUCUUCUCGGACCAUGGCACACCAAUGGGCUGGAGAAACAACCACGGAUAUGGCUGCCAUACCUUCCGAUGGGUCAACACCAACGGCGAAUUCGUCUACAUCAAGUACCAUUUCAUCGCCAACCACGGCCAGAAACAGUUCAACGCAGACGAAGCCUUGAAGUAUGGUGGUGAAGACCCCGACUGGUCGAAGCGUGACCUAUGGCAGGCCAUUGAGAAAGGCGAGGAAAUCACCUGGACUACUAACGUCCAGAUCAUGAAGCCGGAGGAAGCCGAUCCAGUGAAGCUGGGGUUCGAUCCAUUUGACGUGACCAAAGUCUGGCCGAAGGACCAGUUUCCGUUGCAUGAAUUCGGCAGAUUGGUGUUGAACAAGAAUCCGGAGAACUUCCACCGCGACGUGGAACAAGCUGCCUUCUCGCCUGGAAGCAUGGUCCCCGGCAUUGAAGACAGUCCGGAUCCGCUCUUGCAAUUCCGCAUGUUCUUCUAUCGCGACGCGCAGUACCACCGCAUCGGGGUCAACUUGCAUCAGGUACCGGUCAACUGCCCAUUCAUGGCAUCCUCAUACUCGAGUCUAAACUUCGACGGCCAAAUGCGCGUCGACGCCAACCACGCCAUGAACCCGCAGUAUGUACCAAACAGCUUCGUGCACAAGUUUCGUCCCGACACCGCCGAAGCACCAUACCAAGUAUCCGACAAUAUUGUCGGUCGCAAGUCGCACUACUACCACGAAGGCAAACCUUCCGAGUACGAUCAACCGCGGGUUCUGUAUCGCCGUGUGAUGGACGACAAGGCUCGGCGUCAUCUACACGACAACACAGCACGGCUGCUGAAAUUGGUGGAUAAUAUCGAUGUGCAGAUCAAGUAUCUUGCACAAGUGUACUGCAUUGCACCUGAGUAUGCGAAAGGAGUGUAUGAUCAGCUGCCCCCGGAGCAGAGGAAAAAGUUUGGUUUUGCCGAUGUGGAGAGGCGGGCGAUGGGCGCUGAGAAGGAAGGUAAGGAGCCUAAGUUCCUGCCUAGUCUUCAGUCGGAUAAGUUGGUGGGUAUGUGUCCUGCUAUGUCGGUUUAUAAUGUGUGA